ACACUUCAUUGUGCAUGCCUUGUUCUCGUGCGCGCCAUGAUUCUCCCGACCAACGACCUAUACACUGUUCCUUCUCCCGCGUUACGUGGCCACGUGGUGGACAGACGGCCGGUAUCCCAGAUAUCUCACGUUGUUGUAGGUGAACGAACACCGUUGGUGCCGGUUGAAAGACUUGCUCGACGAGUCGACGUUUAACGCUGUGCUGCGAAGUCGCUUUUGGCUGCAGAAACGCCGAAGCAGAGAAGUUUGACGAGGGAAAGAAUUCUCAGCGUUUUUGUUGAAUACCAGAAGCCAAAGGCAAAAGUUAGAUUUUCUAAUCGUUCGAGGGGGGAGGUCCUCUGGAGCUUGAUUUCUUCUCGAUGAGAGAUUUAAUCGCAGUUUAGGGUUUUUGUUUGAUCUCCACCGGCCAUAGGUUCAUAGAGCUCUUUCUUCAAGAUGAUGCUUUCGUUGCAGAGAGAUGCUCGGCAACAGCAGCACCACCAGCAGACGCUGCAGCCGGCGGCACCAAGUGGGUUUGCGAGAGUUGCGUUCAAGGCCGAUCGUGAUGAUUCUUUCGGUUUGCAGUCGGACUCCCUGGUGAAUUUCAAGCAAUCGCAGCAGGCGCCGGAAACUCAUGAAGUUGAUGAAGACAGGCUAUUGGCCCUUGCUCAUCAGAAGUACAAGGCUGGGAACUAUAAACAGGCACUAGAACACAGCAAUGCUGUUUUUGAGAGAAACCCCCGGCGGACAGAUAAUCUUCUCCUUUUGGGUGCAAUUCAUUAUCAGUUGCAUGAUUUUGAUAUGUGUAUCACAAAGAAUGAAGAAGCUCUUAGGGUUGAACCACAUUUUGCUGAGUGCUUUGGGAACAUGGCAAAUGCUUGGAAGGAGAAGGGCAAUAUUGAUCUUGCAAUCCGCUAUUAUUUGGUUGCUAUUGAGCUUCGCCCAAAUUUUUGUGAUGCAUGGUCAAACUUGGCUAGUGCAUACAUGCGGAAAGGAAGGCUCAAUGAAGCAGCUCAGUGUUGUCGCCAGGCUCUUGCAUUGAAUCCACACUUGGUUGAUGCACAUAGCAAUCUUGGAAAUUUGAUGAAAGUACAAGGUUUAGUCAAAGAGGCAUACAAUUGCUAUGUUGAAGCUCUUCGUAUACAACCAACUUUUGCUAUUGCCUGGUCAAAUCUUGCUGGGCUUUUCAUGGAAGCAGGAGAUUUUAAAAGGGCCCUUCAAUAUUAUAAGGAAGCUGUUAGGCUGAAACCAACAUUUGCUGAUGCCUACUUAAACCUAGGGAAUGUUUAUAAGGCCUUGGGGAUGCUUCAAGAGGCUGUUGUGUGUUAUCAGCACGCUCUUCAGGCAAGACCAGAUUAUGCAAUAGCUUUUGGCAAUCUAGCUAGCUUAUAUUAUGAGCAAGGCAAGCUAGAUUUGGCAAUUCUCCAUUACAAGCAAGCCCUUGCUGAUGAUUCAGGGUUUUUGGAGGCAUACAAUAACUUGGGCAAUGCACUGAAAGAUGCUGGCAGAGUUGAUGAAGCAACCCAUUGCUAUCAUGCAUGCCUUUCCCUCCAACCAAACCACCCCCAAGCUCUUACCAACCUUGGAAACAUAUAUAUGGAAUUGAAUAUGAUGACUGCUGCUGCUGAAUGUUACAAGGCAACAUUAGCUGUAACAACAGGACUCUCUGCUCCUUACAGCAAUUUAGCAAUAAUAUAUAAGCAGCAGGGAAAUUAUCUAGAUGCUAUUUCUUGCUACAAUGAAGUCCUUCGUAUAGAUCCUCUAGCUGCUGAUGGGCUUGUAAACAGGGGCAACACAUACAAGGAGAUUGGUAGAGUUAGUGAAGCAAUCCAAGACUACAUACGGGCUGUUACUAUUCGACCAACUAUGGCCGAAGCACAUGCAAAUCUUGCUUCAGCUUACAAGGACAGUGGACAUGUGGAAGCAGCUAUAAAGAGCUAUAAGCAGGCAUUGCUUCUACGACCUGAUUUUCCAGAAGCUACUUGUAACCUUCUACACACAUUGCAGUGUGUUUGCAAUUGGGAGGACCGAGAGAACAAGUUCAUUGAAGUGGAAGGAAUUAUUAGAAGGCAGAUAAAGAUUUCUGUUCUUCCAAGUGUGCAGCCUUUUCAUGCAAUUGCAUAUCCCAUUGAUCCAAUGCUUGCAUUGGAGAUCAGUUGUAAGUAUGCAGCACACUGCUCUCUGGUUGCAUCCCGUUAUGUACUUCCUCCAUUUAGUCAUCCCCCUCCAGUACCUGUAAAGAAUGAUGGUAGAAAUGGGCGACUGAGGGUUGGAUAUGUGAGCAGUGAUUUUGGUAACCAUCCCCUGUCACAUCUUAUGGGCUCAGUAUUUGGCAUGCACAACAGGGAAAAUGUUGAGGUGUUUUGCUAUGCUUUGAGUCAGAAUGAUGGCUCUGAAUGGAGGCUGCGUAUACAAUCUGAAGCUGAACACUUUGUGGAUGUGUCUGCCCUAACAUCUGAUAUGAUUGCUAGGAUGAUUAAUGAGGAUAAAAUACAAAUUCUAGUUAACCUGAAUGGUUACACCAAGGGUGCAAGGAAUGAAAUUUUUGCAAUGCAACCUGCACCCAUUCAGGUUUCGUACAUGGGUUUCCCUGGAACAACAGGUGCAACUUACAUAGAUUACUUGGUCACAGAUGAGUUUGUUUCACCUACCUGUUUUGCACAUAUUUACUCUGAGAAGCUUGUCCAUCUCCCUCAUUGUUACUUUGUAAAUGAUUAUAAGCAAAAAAAUCAUGAUGUGCUGGAUCCUAUUUGGCUACACAAGCGGUCAGAUUAUGGAUUGCCCGAGGACAAGUUCAUAUUUGCAUGCUUCAAUCAGCUAUACAAGAUGGAUCCUGAGAUCUUUGAUACCUGGUGCAACAUUUUGAAGCGCGUUCCCAAUAGUGUGCUCUGGCUUCUUAGAUUCCCAGCUGCAGGCGAGAUGAGACUUCGAUCAUAUGCAGCUGCUAGAGGAGUUAAGCCGGGCCAGAUAAUUUUCACAGAUGUUGCCAUGAAAAAUGAGCACAUAAGACGCAGUGCUUUAGCAGAUCUCUUCCUUGAUACGCCAUUAUGCAAUGCACACACCACGGGCACAGAUAUUCUUUGGGCUGGUUUGCCAAUGAUCACUUUACCGCUGGAGAAAAUGGCAACUAGAGUUGCUGGUUCACUGUGUCUGGCCACUGGAGUAGGAGAGGAGAUGAUUGUUAGCAGUAUGAAAGAGUAUGAGGAGAAGGCAGUAUUGCUUGCGGAGAGUCGCCCAAAGCUCCAGGCUCUUACCAAUAAGCUCAAGUCAGUCCGUUUGACUUGUCCUUUGUUUGAUACAGAACGCUGGGUGAGGAACUUGGAACGGGCCUAUUUUAAAAUGUGGAACUUGUACUGUUCGGGUGGGCAUCCCCAGCCCUUCAAAGUAACCGAGAAUGAUGCUGAGUUCCCUUACGAUAGGUAGGUAGGAAGACGACUGUGUAGAUAAACUAUAAAAGCAAAGAGAAAUGUAAGUAUGCUAAUUGUUCAGACCUUAUUGGUUUUAACUUUUAUGUUUUCAAGAGUGCAAGGGCUGCCCGAAAUUCAGAUUGUAUUAUGUGAAAGCUGUCUAUAUGCAAAUGAAUGAAAAGAAUUAGGAAAUGUAUUUCUCUUGCUUUGUUGUUGCUGCGUAA